UACAUGUAAUUGGAGACCUGGAGUUAGCUUUGGUGCCUCCCCGAUCAGAGGGCGGCCGGACUGCAGCUUUGCUAUUUGCUCUGACAGCGAGAGAGAAGCAUGAACGUCCAUUUCAGCUGUCACAGUGACUACGUACCGUGCACUAUCGUAGUAAGGACUGUCUGAGGAAAAAUCCUUUGCAUUCGUGGGCAGCGAGCGGGUAGACAAGGAGCUUCUCCAAUAAGGGGUUAAACAAAUGUGUCAUGGCCAGUUGUUCAGUGUUAGACUAAUCAAGUGCGAGAGUACUUGUCAUUCAGAGUCACUCAAAGCAGCUCGCGGUGGGAUAUUCCUCUCAUUACUUAUAGCUUAUUCUGACUGGAUGUAAAAUUGAAAGUUCGAGACAUGACGAGUCUAUUUUAUCUUACGCUUCUGGGAAUCUGUCUGGGAUCCAGCAAAGCUUUCAGCCAUCAACAGAUUUUGCCAAGAGUGUAUCUCCCAUUUGAAGAGCUGCAAGACACUCACACCUCCCAGUUUUACAGUCUAUCCCAGUAUCCCUUGGAUUAUAGGAUCCUGCUGAUGGAUGAAGAUCAGGAUCGCAUAUAUGUGGGCAGCAAGGAUCACAUCCUGUCCCUCAAUGUAAACAACAUCAGCCAGAACCCUCUUGCCGUUCACUGGGCAGCAUCAAGCAGCAAAGUAGAUGAAUGCAAAAUGGCUGGCAAAGAUCCAAACAACGGCUGCGGCAACUUUGUGCGUGUAAUACAAGCGUAUAACCGAACGCACUUGUACGUCUGUGGAAGUGGUGCUUUCAGCCCCGUUUGCACCUAUAUCAACAGAGGUCGCAGGUCUGAGGAUCAAACCUUUGUGAUUGACUCAAGGUCUGAAUCUGGCAAAGGACGCUGCUCAUUUAACCCUCAGGUUAACACAGUGUCCUUGAUGAUAAACGAAGAACUAUUUUCGGGAAUGUACAUAGACUUCAUGGGCACUGACGCAGCUAUAUUCCGCAGUCUGACCAAGAGAAAUGGCAUCAGGACAGAUCAACAUAACUCCAAGUGGCUGAGCGAGCCUGUGUUUGUCGAUGCCCACUUCAUCCCAGAUGGCACUGACCCAAACGAUGCAAAGUUGUACUUUUUCCUUCGGGAGAAGGUAAUGGACGGCAAUGGCAACACAAAACAAAUCCACUCCAGGAUUGCGAGAGUUUGUCCUAAUGACAUGGGAGGGCAGCGCAGUCUUGUUAACAAAUGGACCACAUUUUUGAAGGCCCGAUUGGUGUGCUCAGUGGUAGAUGAUGAUGGAACCGAAACACUCUUCGACGAAUUGCAGGAUGUGUUUUUAUUGGAAACAGAAAAUCCAAAGAACCUCCUCGUCUACGGAAUUUUCAUCUCUUCAAGCUCAGUCUUCCAAGGCUCAGCAGUGUGUGUUUACAAUAUGAUUGAUAUUCACACCGUCUUCAAUGGACCAUUUGCUCACAAAGAAGGACCAAGCCAUCAAUAUGUUCCAUUUCAAGGCAGGAUUCCGUAUCCAAGACCCGGCACAUGCCCGGGGGGGGCUUUUACACCGAACAUGUUGACAACCAAGGAUUUCCCAGAUGAAGUGGUUACAUUUGUCCGUAAUCACCCUAUGAUGUACAACCCCAUCUAUCCGAUCAACAAACAGCCUCUGAUUGUAAGGAUCAACGCUGAAUACAAAUACACCAAGAUAGUAGUCGACCAGGUGAAGGCUGCUGAUGGGAGGUAUCAUGUCCUUUUUCUUGGCACAGACAAAGGAACCGUGCAGAAAAUUGUGAUUCUUCCUAAAAACGUAUCGACGAACGAAGAGCUCAUCUUGGAAGAAAUGGAAGUGUUUAAGAAUCGAACACCCAUAACUACAAUGAAGAUUUCAUCCAAAAAGCAACAGCUGUAUGUGACCUCCGAUGAGGGCAUUGCCCAGAUACCUUUGCAUCGUUGCCAUAUCUAUGGGGCAGCCUGUGCUGACUGCUGCCUUGCCAGGGACCCUUACUGUGCUUGGGAUGGCAAAUCCUGCUCCAGGUUCUACCUCACUGGUAAAAGGAGGAGCCGUAGACAGGAUGUGAGACACGGAAACCCAUUAACUCAAUGCAGAGGGUUCAAUUUGAAAGCCUACAGGAAUGCGAAGGAGUCUGUGCAGUACGGAGUGAAAAACAGCAGCGCCUUCCUUGAAUGUAUGCCAAAGUCACCCCAAGCUUCCGUCAGAUGGCUGAUACAGAAGCCAAAUGAUCGAAGAAAGGAGAUAAAGCAAGACGAGAGGAUUGUCGUAACUGAGCACGGCCUAUUGAUUCGUUCCACCCAAAGCUCCGACCAAGGGUUUUAUCACUGCAUCGCUACUGAAAACACCUUCAAAAGCACAGUGAUGAAGAUCAACCUGAAGGUAGUUGACGUGAACCUGGUGCCUUCGGUGGUUAACAAACAGACUCCGUGGCCCUGGGGAUCGUCGAAUGGCCUCAGUGGUUUGCAGGUCCUUCCGAAGGAUCUGGUCGGACUAUUCAGCUACUCGGAAAUGCAAGCCAUCAAUAAGUACUGCAAAGAGAGUCGUCUCCGACAGAUGCAAAAUGAAGAGGUGCCGUCGAUUCGAGUGGAUCACUCCAAAUUAAAGGUGCUCAUCGAUCGAAGGAAAAGUCGAAACCGAAGAAACCAGUUAUCAGGCACUUAAAGACCCUUUCGUCAACAAACCUUCAGUGGCAUGAAACUAUUUAAUGUGUACAGAACGCAUCAGUAGUCUUUCUGUUUUUUUAUCCUUUCAGAGUACAUCUAAAUUACAUAGAAUCAUACAGCAUGGAAACAGGCCAUUUGGCCCUACUAGUCCAUGACUGCAAGGACGAGGAUUGAGCAUCUUUUUGCUAUGUAACUGUCACCAAUUGUUAACCUACGUCUGAGCAUGCUAUGAAUAACACAGUGUUUUAUGUUUUACAAGUUCUCUGUGCUAUUUAAUGCUUGAUUUUCAUCUGUAAUGUCCGUCGAAACAUGCACUUAGAUCCUUGAUCUCGGCCCAGACCCUUUCGGAGUCAGAGUCAGGCCUGAAAUGUUUAACCUGCCUUUCUCUUUCAGUUGAUGAUUUGUCUGCUGUACAGUUACGUUAAUCCUUUUGUUUGAGUUGCUUUUGAGACCGGGUUAAUAGAAUGCUGCCUUUUCAUAACGGAAUCCAUCCAAGAAGAAUGAUGCCCAAAGCAGCAAUCAACCUUUCUCUUUCAGAAGGUGACCAAACUUCUGUACAUUUCUAACAUUUUUUUGUUUCGACCUGGGAUUUCCAGCAUUCAAACGUUUAGUUUCUAAAUCUAACACCCACCCUUGCAUUCUCUAACCUAAACACUCUAUCUAUUUGAUUUGUAAGCGUUUUAAUUUUUAUUCAUUCCCCCGUCUGCCAAGAACCUCAGUAGGCAGGCCAAUCUGAACCAAAGUACCCCAUUCAUUCAAGGGGGAAAAUGCCACAUGAGGUGUAGACCAGUGAUUUGUUAAAGUUACAGAUCGUUGGUUAUUCCUUCCGAUCUUUCUUUUGAUAGUAAGAAGCAGUCAAUUGCACUGAAAGAUUAAAGGAAUAUUUUGGACCUAGUAUUGUCAUAAUUAAUGUCUAAGUGCAUUGCCAUGUUAAAUAAUAAUAAUAAUAAUCCUUACAUUUAAUAUAGCGCCUUAUCACAUCUUCAAGACGUCUCAAAGCGCUUCACAGGAUACACUGUAAAGUGUAGUGACUGUGUAUAUGAACCUUGGGAGCACAGGUACCUUAAUGCCUUGGACACCCAGUUCUAUAAGUGCUACCUGCUUUUCAGAUUCCUUGAAUAACAUAUUAAUCAGGGAUUUAAAAGAUCGGUUUAGUUUUGUUUGAUAAAUGACAUAUUAAUUUCAUGAAUUACAUCUGUCUGUUGCGUGAAUUACAUGCAAACAUUUAGUGAAUUACACACAGACAUUUUGUGAAGUCGCCGUACAUGUAGUUUGAUCACAUAGCAUAUGUGGGAAGGCAGAUUACUACAUCGAGAUUGUUAGCAUGGGGCAACAGACUCCUUAAAGAUUGGAUUUGAUCAACGAUACAAAGAGCUACCUGGAAAGCUCCAAGCUGCGCCAACCACAUCUGAUACACGUUAACGUGUGGAAAAUUAGCUGCUCUGAUGGCUCAGUUGACAAACCCUGUGUCCAGGAUGAAACUAAGCUGUAUAUACUAGAAAGGACCCAGGUUGGAUCUCUGAGACAGUAAUCUCACUCCCAGUAACCAAUAACCCCAAUGAAUUGCCACCCCCAUUCUAACUAGAACACGAGCUGCCAAAUGUAAAGAUAAAUACUUUGUCAAACCUUAUUGUAAAUGAAAUGUUUAUUUGGUGUGUUUAAAUAUUAUUUGGUAUUUUGUAAUGUGUAGAUUGUCAAGGGUUAAUGCCCACUAAGUUAAGACGUUGUCCUACAUUUAUUAGUAUAUGCUGAGUGUUAAAACUAAACAAGGGAGGGGGAAAAUCUUUCAACUUUCAAUGCCCAGAUUGUACAUAAAUUAAAUUGCGGUCAGCGUAUAACAGAACACACUACUGUUCCUGCAAAGUAACAGUUUACACUUUGUUUUAAGUAUUGUAAAAUUCCUCCUGUGAUGGACUAAUUUAUGUAAAUUAAAUCUGACACAAUGUAAUUUCAUGGUGAUGAUAAUAAAUCUUCAAAGACAAACACUA